ACAGGGAUCGGGAAAUACGUGGCCUUGGACCUGGCCCGCAGGAACGCCCGCACCAUCCUCGCCUGCCGCAGCAGAGAGCGGGGGCAGGCAGCGGUGGAGGAAAUCCAGAGGGCCACCGGGAACCCAAACGUGCUUCUGAGGAUCGUGGACAUCAGCAACAUGGCCUCCGUCCGGCGCUUUGCCAAGCAGAUCCAGCAGGAGGAGAAGCGACUGGACAUCCUGGUCAAUAACGCCGGAGUCACAGGUUUGCCGUUCUCCAUCACCUCCGAGGGGCUGGAGCAGACGUUCGCCACCAACUACUUGGGCCCUUUUCUUCUGACCAAUUUGCUUCUGGACACCAUGAAGGGCUCCGCUCCCGCCCGCAUCGUGAACGUCUCGUCCUUCAGACACGUCGGGGGCAUGGUCAACGUGAAGCACCUGGCCGGGGAGGAGAGGCCCAAGAACUUUGACCAGUGCUACAGUAGCACCAAGCUCAUGAACAUCCUGUUCACCAAUGAGCUGGCGAGGAGGCUGCAGGCCACAGGGGUGACGGCCAAUUCCCUCAACCCCGGCAUCGUGAGGACAGAAAUCAUGCGCCACUUCAACUGGCUGAUUCGCCUGCUCUUCAGCAUCGCCAGCAUCUUCUUCACGUCCGCCGAGGAGGGAGCAGCCAGCACCAUUUACUGCGCCGUCUCGGAGGAGGUCGCAGACAUCACGGGGAAGUACUUCGACAGUGACUGCAGGCUGGUGCUGCCCUCUGCGGCUGCCCGCGACCCGGGCCUGGAGCGCAAGCUGUGGGAGGAGUCGGAGCGACUGACGGGCCUCACGGAGAGCGGGCGCAUGUGAACAAUGGAGCCUGUCGCCCCUGCCCUGCAGCACCCAGCGACUCCCGCGGGCGCAGGGCCAGCUGGCCUGCGGGAGCUGGGACCUGGGGCGAGCAGGAGGGGAGGUGGGGGCUCUGCUGGCAGAAGCCAGACCGGCAGGAGGGUGGGAAUUAGCGGAGUCAUUGCAAGGUAGGGUUGCCAACUUUUUACUUGCAGAAAACCAAACACACUUGCCCCACCGCUGCCCCUUCUCCGAGCCCUCCCCCCAUGUCGCUCAUUCUCCCAUCCUUGCUCAUUUGCUUAUUUUCACCGGGCUGGCUCAGGGGGUUGGGGUGCGGGAGGGGGUGAGGGCUCCGG